AUGAAGUUCUCCACUGCUAUUUUCGCCUGCUUGGCAGGUGCCAUGCUCACCAGUGCUAUGCCUGUUGACAAAGCCGUACGUGAAGCUGCAGACAGUGACGAUCAGGUUGCCUAUACCUGGGCUUUACCCGAAUCUCGCAAGCGUGAGGAUAGUGAUGACAAAGUUGCCUACACCUGGGCUCUACCGGAAUCUCGCAAGCGUGAAGACAGUGAUGACAAGGUCGCUUACACCUGGGCUCUACCGGAAUCGCGCAAGCUUUAG